AUGCAGUUCGUUCACAUGCUCAUCCUAGCCAUCGUGGCCAACGCUGCGCUCGUCGUCGCUUCCGCGUCUGAGCACAACGCCAUCCACAAUGGGCCUCACGCUGUUGCGCGCCACGCUCGUCGCAGCAAGAAGUGCGCUACCACGGGCGCCUCCAAAUACGCUUCGGGUCACAAGAGCAGCAAAAAGUCCAAGAGCGGCAGCACAGGCUCCAACGAUGCCAGCAACACUUCCAACGAGACUUCUCAAAAGGAUGCUCCCGUCUCUGGCACCAAGCCCAAGGGACUCAAGGGCAAGGCUGGUCUUUGCUGGCCCAACGGUAACAGCAUGGACUUUAACAACUUCAAGAUUGGCAACGUCAACUGGGCCUACACCUGGCAACCCACCAAGAUGGGCACAGACAUGGGCGACACGCUGUUCUGCUCCAUGCUGUGGGGACGAGCUGGAGCUGGAGCCAAGCUUGGCGAGUACAAGUCCAAGGUCACGGACAACCCCGAAGGCGGCGACAACGGUGACAAGUGCACCAUGGGUCCCAACGAGGUCAAUCAAUCUGGUCAAGCCGACAUGAACCCCAGCGACACUUGCAGCUUGAUGCGCCAAUACCAGCUGGACCUCAAGAAGAAGCACGGCUACUACCUCAUCGGUCCUUCCACCACCUCUGCUCCCAACGGCAAGGACUGGUACGACCAAUUCAAAAAGGUCUGCCCUGACGUCUUUGAAGCCCUCGACGCCAUCUCGCUCCACUACUACGAUGUCAGCGCGACCAAGAUGCAAGAGUACAUCGAGGACUGGUACAAGAGCUACAACAAGCCAGUCUGGAUCACUGAAUACGCUUGCCAGGUGAGUGCUCGGGCGUGCGUGUUGAGAACACGCGUCUAGAGCGCGGCGCUAACGUUUUAUUCGCACUGCAGAACUUUAACGGUGGCGCUCAAUGCUCCAAGGACCAAGUGUGGUCGUUCCAGCAACAGAUUGUGAGCUGGAUGGACAAGCAAGACUACGUCAAGGGAUACGCACCCUUUGGAGCGAUGAAGAACCUGCAGGGUGUGUCGGAGGUCAACCGCCUGUCCAACGGCAACAACGCCACUCCCCUGUUCAGGAUGAUUGCUGGCAUGUAA